GUGAGACCUGUGAAGGAGCGCAGGUCGAAGCAGUAGGCUUCACUUCCAGAGAUGCAACUAUUGUCACCAAGAUUGCCUACAUUGCUGACUUCACACUGUCCUGUUCCAAUGGUGCCAAGGAUGUUUCUCUGUAUGCUGAAACCGCUGAUGGCAUUGUUGGUGUCGCACGCUCUGUAGAUGGUCUGAAGUACGGAGUCAGCUGGAUUGAGGAUGUGUCUGCAGCAGCCUCUGGAGAUCACCCCAUCAAGCUCUAUGAUGAGCAGGGAUAUGCUGCUCUCAGAAAGGCUCAGCGUGGCAAUGAAGACUCUGCCUCAGUCACACCCAUUGCCACCAUUAACCUGUACCAUCCUGGAGCAUACAAGGGUCCCUGGGUGCAGUCUGAGACCAUGGCCAUCAUCUUCGCUAUCCUCAUCUACUACUAUGCAUUCACACUUAAGGCAAAGCUUGUAGCAUAGUCCCUUCCCUGGGGAUAGUCACCUCCAAUAUCAUUGAAGUGUUGUAUGUGUGCAUGCUCUAAAACAUGCAAGUGUAUAUUUAUGGUGCGUGAGAUUUCGGUAGCAAAGAACCUCAUUGCAUUGUUUUUCAGUGAUAUCGACAAAAUAUUGUGUGAAUGUUUCAUGUUUUGUGUACAACUUCUGGAUGUACGUGUGAGAACCAGCAAGGUGUGAUAGGUGAAAGUUGUAAAUUUUUCAAAUGUAUUUGGAAAUCAUUUUGUUAUAAAAUAUGAAAAAUGGUAA